AUGCCUCCAAACAGAGUUCUCGCCUUCUUGUUGUUCGCAGCUCAGCUCUUCGUGCAGAUACCUGAAACGGGUGCGAAAGUUCCAGCACUUAUCGUAUUUGGGGACUCAACUGUGGACUCAGGCAACAACAACCAGAUUUCUACGGUUCUAAAGAGUAAUUUCCAACCAUAUGGCCGGGAUUACUUUGGCGGCAAACCGACCGGGAGAUUCUCAAAUGGUCGGAUUGCACCAGAUUUCAUAUCUGAAGGUUUGGGACUCAAGAACGCAGUCCCUGCGUACCUAGAUCCAGCAUACAACAUCAUAGACUUUGCCACUGGUGUCUGUUUCGCUUCAGCUGGAACCGGCUUAGACAAUGCAACCGCUUCUGUGUUAUCUGUGAUGCCGCUUUGGAAGGAAGUGGAGUACUAUAAAGAAUACCAGACCAGGCUAAGAAGUUACUUGGGCGAAGAGAAAGCUAAUGAGAUUAUUGGGGAAGCACUUUACCUGAUUAGUAUCGGAACCAACGAUUUCCUAGAGAAUUACUAUCUUGUUCCCCGCAAGUUAAGGCGGUAUUCUGUGAGCCAGUACCAAAAUUUCCUGAUAGAAAUCGCAGGAGAUUUCAUAACAGAUAUUUACAGACUCGGAGCUCGUAAGAUGUCUCUGUCGGGACUCUCUCCUUUCGGAUGCUUACCCCUGGAAAGAACAACUCAGAUAUUUUAUGGAAGCAAAUGUAUCGAAGAAUACAACACCGUAGCUAGAGAUUUCAACACCAAGUUGAACGAGAAAGUCUCCAAGUUGAACAGCGAGCUGAUCGGAAUCCAGCUGGUGUUUUCAAAUCCGUAUGACCUGGUUUCACAAAUCAUAAACCACCCUGAAGCAUUCGGUUUUCAUAAUGUAAGGAGUGCAUGCUGCGGAACAGGAUACUACGAGAUGAGUUACUUGUGUGACAAAAUGAAUCCUUUCACAUGUUCUGAUGCAAGCAGAUAUGUAUUUUGGGACUCAUUUCACCCAACAGAGAAGACAAAUGCCAUUGUAGCAAGCCAUGUUCUGAAGAACGACUUAUCUCGGUUUCAGUGA